CGCGUGUCAAGUUGGAGCUGAAACGUUUCCCUGCGGUUGCAUAGCAUCAGAAUAGUCGGUACAGUCAGCGAGAUACUGACAGUCAACGGUCGUAGUAGUGUGCGGUUACUGUUUGCUUCUAUAAUUCCAGCAUCGCCUCGUGAAGCCACUUCCUGGCUGCUGAUUGGCUUCCACUGUUCUCCCUCCACCAAUCAGAAGGCCGCUCUGACUCCGCCUGCCACAUCACUAGAAUGGCGGAAGGAACAGUGAGCAGGAAUUCCGCCUCUGCGCCAGUGACUGAGCGUGAAGCGUAGAACAUGACCGUCACUCGCCUGUCCAGCAGCAUUGUCCAGCCAGAAACACCGUUCUCCAGAGCCAACUGACCAACCGACAGCGAGUCGUCCCCGGUCACCUGGCUGUGUCGGACGGCGGAUGUAGACAAGUGUGGAUGGAGUUGGACGCCUGCCUGUAAUCCUGCUAAACUCCUGACUGGGAUUAUAUUGUGAACUUUAAAGUGUCUUGGAAAAACUUGAAAAGAUGGAUGUGUUCGAGUUCCUGCCUUUGGACAAGCUGUCACACGAAUUUUCGAGCUUGUCCAUGUUUCCUUACUUUGACAUGGCGCACUAUAUCGUGUCAAUAAUGUCUCUACGGGAGCAGCCAGGAGCCAUGGAGGUUUCCCGUGUCAGCCCUCUAGCCUGCUGGUUCAGCUCCAUGCUCUACUGUUUCGGCGGUGCAAUGCUGUCGGGGGUCAUGCUGGCGGAACCGCCUAUAGCUCCCAUGUCAAACGGCACCAGUGUUCUGCUGGCCACAGUCCUCUGGUACCUGGUGUUCUACUGUCCCAUGGACCUGGUGUUCGGCUUCGCCUCCCUGCUGCCUUUUAAACUGGUUCUAUCAGGGAUGAAGGAGGUGACCAGGACGUGGAAGAUCGUCGGUGGGGUCACGCAGGCCCACAAAAAAUACAAAGAUGGUCUGCUGGUGAUGAUAACCAUUGGCUGGACAAGAGGUGCUGGCAGUGGUCUGAUCAGUAACUUUGAGCAGCUGGUUCGUGGCCAGUGGAAACCUGAAACCAACGAGCUCCUCAAAAUGUCCUAUCCCACCAAGGUGACCCUGAUGGGGGCGGUGCUGUUUGCUCUGCAGCAGAAUCACUACCUGCCCAUCCGCAAGCACCACCUGAUGCUCCUCUACACCGUCUUCCUCGUGGUCAACAAGUCACGGAUGAUGCUGACCAGCUCCAAGACUUCGCCUUUCGCCUCCAUUGAGUCGGUCCUCUUCAAGACCCUGUUUGCUGGCGACUCGCCGUACGCCGCCCUCACCGAAGAUGUGGGGAGAGAGCGCAGCGAUGAUGAUGAUGCUGCUGCCAAAAAAAACAAUUGACCUCUGCCACGACAACGACCAAAGACACCGGAGAAGACUGGAGCAGGGGGUCGGUCUUCUUCCAGCCAACAAAGGAAACCUCUCAGCAGCCUGGUAGCCCAGACUCAAGGAAGUCUGGUUGGCUGACUGUUGCCUUUUUUUAGCCUCCCGGACGGUGGAGUUUCUCAUCAGGGCGUCUUAAAGCCUUUUAUCACUUUUAUUUAUUCUCCAGAAAUGAGUUUCUGCUGAGUCAUAAAGUAUCUCUGGGCUGUCACCUCAUCCUUAAUUAUUAUACUGUGGUGACACAGCAUCAUGCAGAAGCAUGUAGCUUUUUUUUUUUUUUAACUUUAACUUUUAUCUCUGGGUUUUGGGAUCAGUGCACAUGUUAAUAUGUUGAAUGUUUUUUUCCUCUUCUCUGUAAAUAAUUAUGAGCUCUAUGAAAAUGAUAUAUUUCCUACUCCAAAAAAGAAAACUAUAUUCUGAUAUUUUAUUUUAUUUAUAUGGGUAAUAAUAAUUGCACUUUGAAAGUUGUGAGCAAAAGCACGAGAUUAAACUGUUUCACACGCGGACGUGUUGUGUUCA